UUCACUUAGCUCGGCUUCCUGCUGGUACCCUUUGUGCCAUGUCUGAUAACAAGAAGCCAGACAAAGCCCACAGUGGCUCAGGUGGUGAAGGUAAUGGGAAUAGGUGCAAUUUAUUGCACCGGUACUCCCUGGAAGAAAUUCUGCCUUAUCUAGGGUGGCUGGUCUUCACUGUUGUCACCACAAGUUUUCUGGCGCUCCAGAUGUUCAUAGACGCCAUCUAUGAGGAGCAGUAUGAAAGGGAUGUGGCCUGGAUAGCCAGGCAAAGCAAGCGCAUGUCCUCCUCUGUCGAUGAGGAUGAAGACGAUGAGGAUGAUGAGGAUGACUACUACGACUAUGACGACGACGAUGACGACGAUGAUGCCUUCUAUGAUGAUGAGGAUGAUGAGGAAGAAGAAUUGGAGAACCUGAUGGAUGAUGAAUCAGAAGAUGAGGCCGAAGAAGAGAUGGAAAUCGGUGCCGGUGCCGGAGCUGAGGAAAUGGGUGUCGGAGCUGACUUAGCUCCCUGUGCCUGUGUUCCUGGCCAUCAUUUAAGGAAGAAUGAAGUGAAGUGUAGGAUGAUUUAUUUCUUCCACGACCCUAAUUUCCUGGUGUCUAUACCAGUGAACCCUAAGGAGCAAAUGGAGUGUAGGUGUGAAAAUGCUGAUGAAGAGGUUGCAAUGGAAGAAGAAGAGGAGGAGGAGGAGGAGGAAAUGGGAAACCCGGAUGGAGAGUAUGAAAAGAACCCGUAGUCUGCGAAUGGCUUC